CCAAGACACCAUGUGCGCGAAGGUCAAAGGCUAUUCUAGAAUUUUUACCAACUGUUAAAGAGUCAUAUUAUUGCUUUUGAUCUGAACUAGCGGUUAUAUACAUUUUACCCUAAAAAAAACAACACAUUGCAAUGGUAAGUUUAAAAGAACCGCUUGCUUUGUUUGUACAAAUGCAUUAUUUAAACACUUUCCUUUCUCAUUUCUGUUAGUGCAACUUGAUAAGUACGCGCGAAUCAUUGAAUGAAAUGAAUCGGGAUCAAUCACAAAAUAAUAUACAUUAAAAUGAGAAUCAAUCAAUUGUGCCAUAGACUACAUUACUAUCACUAGUCUAGAUAGCAGGAACUAACCCUGCUAAACUAACUAGUAAUGUAGCAACUAUGGCAUUUAAACAACACAUUGAAUUGCAUUGGUUAGUUUAAAAGAACAAAAAAUAUGUCAUCGAUAAGCCUACUAAAAGUUAUAAUUUUAAGUUUAAGCAGUGCUGUCCAGAGGCUGUCGCGUGAGUUUUGUCCUUUUGUAUACUAAUAAUACUUAAUGCCUAAAAAAAAACUAUUGUUUAUUUUAAUUCUUAUUCUUAGUCUUAGUACUAUGACUAUCUUAGGCCUAUACUAUUAUUUAUAUUUAUACCAUAUAUUUACUAUUAAAUUGUUAAAUCAAAUUUUGCAAAUUUUAUUAAUUAUUACAAUAAUUACAUAAUUAUUAAUAACGCAGACCAGUAAUAUUAAAUAUUACUAUUGAUUGUUAAUAUUUAAUUAUUGGGGGGGGGGGGCAUCUACUCAGUUUGUUCCCACCCGUACCCACUUACAACUAUCGUUAAUAUCGAGUUUGUGUUUUCCAACCCUAGACCCCCUAGUUACUUCACUUGACAUUAAAUUUUUAAAUCAAAUUUUUCAAAUUUUAUUAAUUAUUAAAAUAAUUACAUAAUUAUUAAUAACGCAGACCAGUAAUAUUAAAAAUUACUAUUGUUUGUUAAUAUUUAAUUAUUGGGGGGGGGGGGCAUCUACUCAGUUUGUUCCCACCCGUACCCACUUACAACUAUCGUUAAUAUCGAGUUUGUGUUUUCCAACCCUAGACGCCCUAGUUACUUCACUUGACUAGUGCUAGUAGGCCUACUUGACAAAUGGAUUUAUUUUCAUCAAAGACUUCAACUAAAAUAAUGUCCCUAGGUGACUGCUAACUGCAAAACCAAAACAUAUUGGUCAGUUUACAUUCGGCACACCACUUUGAGUUUCUGUGUAGGAUUUUUAUGUACAGCGCGGCGAGCCCAGCCCUAGGCUGAGGUACCGUGCUAUAUAAGACCUCUCAUUGUUAUUAUUCUCUCCCUUUUGACGUUUGUUUAUUCUUGGACAGAUGGCAGCCUUAGGAAAUGAGUGGCGCACCAAGUGUAAAUUUACCAACACACUAUUUAUCCUUUUCCACUGUCGACAUUGCCCAGCUUAUAUGCCACAAACUCUCAGACUAGUAUUCUUACUCUUAACUCUUAUUCCUACUCUAUUAAGUGUUUCAUUAAAAUAAUUUAUCCUGACUGUCCAUACUUGCAACUAGUCCACCCUAGCCAUCAAAAUUGUUAUGCAUUUUGUUUAUUUAACCUGUUGUUUACCUGCAAAUAGGUGUUCGUCCAUUUUACUUUAAGUAUAGUCCGGCCCCAACAAUAUACAGUAUCUUAGUGACAGUGGAGCGUUGACGGAGUGUCCCUCACUAGAUGUCCCGGGGGAAGCCAGGGCGUUUGGAGAGCCCUUUGUGAGGAAAAUGUUGUAUGGCUCAGCGGAUGGAGCUGGUGGCAAAUUCAUUAUCCGGGGUCAUAAGAGUAAUCUCAGACCUGUGUUUAGUUAGUGUCAGUGGAGCAGGCAAUUUUAGGGUUUUAUUGGGGCAACCCCUCCCCCUGAUGACUCAACCUAAAAACAAAAAAAGUAAGGAGUCAAAAGAUAAAAAGAGUGGAUUCUGAGUCUAAAAAUAAAAUGAGUUGAUUCUGUUAAUACUGUUAUCUUUUUUUGUUUGCAAAUCUCUGCAUUAUCCGUUAUCUAAUUAAUGUAUGUGUAAGCGACUGCUAAUGGCACAAUAAGAAAAGGGGGAGCACCAUAAACUCUGCAGUCAUGCCCACUUUUCACACAAAACAUUGUUAGGAAUUAAUUUUAAAUUUUUUUUUGCUUAACAUUGACAUUCGUUUUGAGGAUCCAUAAAAAUACAAUUUUAUGCUAGGCAGGCAUGAGUGUGUACUUGUGCUCAUAUUACUCAUUUUUUUGUUUAUAAUUAAAAAAUUUCUUUUAUAGGCACAAGGAUUCAAGAAGUUUAUCCCUAUGUUUGAUAGAGUGCUUGUGGAGAGAUUUCUUCCUGAGCUUAAAACUAAAGGAGGCAUAAUGCUUCCUGAAAAAUCUCAGGGCAAAGUGCUUGAAGCAACAGUUGUUGCUAUUGGUGUUGGUGCAAGGAAAGAGGUAAAAUUAUUAUAUUUUAACCCUAUAACUGUCAUUUGCAUUUUUCUGUAGCGUGAAGCCAUUAAAAAUAUGUAUAUUCUUGAUCUUUACAGAUUGAGUAAAAUAUUAUUAAACUUAUGCAUUCAACCCAAGCUCAAACUAUUGAGAGUUUUUGAGAGACCAUUACUAGAAAUUCAAGUGUCUCAAAAACUAGAUUUUUAUAAUACUAGGAUCCAUAUUCUUUCAGAAAAUGUUAAAGUUAUAGGUACAUGUAUUGAAAUUUGUAAUAUGGGUGAAAUUACAAUGAGAUAAGUACAUAUAAAAAAUUCCUUUUCAAUUAAAGUUAUAAAUCGAUUUUUUAAUACUUAUUACUCCAGAAGAAAAAAAAAACAUGAAUUAAUGUCUUUGAAUAUCUGGGCCUGGGAUUUUUUUCUUUAGGGCUAUAGCUAUAAGCUGGUUCCCUAGACGGCAAAUUGCCUCUCUUCACACACCUGGAUAGCCCAAGGGAAUACCAUAUAUUGAUAUUAUCAUUGAUACAGCUUGGCACCAAUUGCGUCGCAGAAGUUUUCAAUUUUUUUUCAUUGUAUUAAUGUAUCUGCCUGCGGAACUCCAAAAACUGCAGAUUUUGAUUCUGGGUUUCCUUCUCUUGGAUGAGUUGCCCACCAUCCAAGGUUUGCAGGUCCCAUCCACCUGGGGUCCUUGUGUUGUUUUUGCUUGACUUGGUCUUUGGUGAGGAUUGAACUCCAGACCACAAGCUUGGGAUUUGCUCAGUUUACCCCCUCGAACAUUAAAAUAUAUUGAGCAAAAUUCACACCCGAAUAACGAGCUCUGAUAAAAGCAUGUUAACACACAGAUAGAAGCGGAAAUGGGUAGCAAACUCGUUUCUUUAGAGUUAGAGUGAUUUCCCCUUGGGAAUAUAUUUAUAUUUUUAAUGAUGAUUUUGCUAGCACCCGAUUAUAUCAGCCGAGCCACCACAGAAAGGAAUAUAAGGACUGAUCAUUGGUCAUUAAGACAGUUUCAGUUUUUACGCUUAUUUAAGAUUUGUUGUAAAAUCUUUCUUUUGCAAAAUACUUUAUGAUCAUGUCGGAUUGCAUUUUUCCUUGAAAAAAAUUAAUGCUGAGGUUUUUAUUUCUUAUCAGAAUGGCACUGUUGUCCCACCAAGUGUAAAAGUUGGUGAUAAGGUUCUACUUCCAGAAUAUGGUGGAACAAAAGUUGUCCUUGAAGAAAAGGUAAUGAGCUUUUUGUCCAUGUUUUUUCUUUAUGAUUUAUGGGUAGUUUAGACUUGGCAUUUUUACUUUUAGAUCUUUAAAUCAUUAUAUCUACUGUUGGUGUACCGGCAAUGUAGUAUAAUUGUAAUUAUAUUAUUUUUCAUUUCAGGAAUACUUUUUAUUUCGUGAUGGAGAUCUGCUUGGAAAAUUUGAAAGCUCAUGAAAGUCACAAUGUGGUUGAGCCUGUUUGUUUUGAUUGAGAGUGCAAGGAGAUUGUUUUGUCACUGUUGGCAAUAUCUGAGAGCUGUAAUCAGUAAUAUUUUUGCAUUUUUUGUUUCCAUUUUCAGAAGUAAAUGUUUUUGCAGAUAAAAUUUAUUUGUAGUGAAUUAAUGAGUGUUUCAUUAUUUGCAUUGUGAUGUUGGAAGUUCACUCAAAUGAUAGCCAUGUACAUUUUUUAAAAUUCAUUUUAUAAUAAAUAUAAGAUGCACAAAAUA